AUAUUUUAGAAAAGGUUUUACCAAAUGACCUUCAGUUUACGUUCAAAUCACUAAAUACCGAUUAAACUGGUAUACCGGUGCGAAAGGCAACAAUUCGCGGCUUUGCAGUCGGCGAGUCGCGUUAUCUAGAAGCAAUAACAUGGCGGAGCGGCAAUUCAAGAUCAAAGUGGGCACCCUGCGUCGGUGCGUAAUGCAUUGGUUUGUUGUUGCGAUUUCUACUGCUUAUACUGUGGUAUUUAGGGUGAAGAAGGACCUGGAAUACUACGCCAAGGAGCACGCGGCGCAGCAGGACAAGAUCGCCAAGAUGCGCGCUGACGGCAAGGACGAGCACGAUAUCCGUAAGCAGGAGGAGGUGCUGGUAGAGACGGAGACGAUGCUUCCAGACUGUCAGAGUCGCCUCAAAGAGGCCGCCACCGACGUCUCCAACUUCAUCAAGGCCCAUCGCGACGAGGUGGAGUCACUGGAGAUCUUCAAGGAGGCUCAGGAGCUACUUACAGCCAUCCCUACACCGCAUCAGUAGACUGGAGAUGGUUAUAUAACCAGACCCUUUAAAUGAUACUCUUAUCCCUAUUUUACGGGGUGUUUUAAACUCGAGU